AAAAAAAAUCAAUCUCUUCAUUCAUUUAUAAAAACUUUUAAUAAAAAACAAAAUCUAAUCAAUCAGAUCUCGCCAUGGCUGCAGAAGAGUUGCAAGAGUCCGAGGUUAUAUUUUCCGACAACACCAGCGACAUUUACGCCACACAUCGUCACCAAGAAGACGAUGACGGCGGCUACUUCGAUCAUCCAGCAGGAAUCUCCAUAAACGCCGGCGUUUCGACACGUAAGGAAAAAUCGAAGAAGAAGGUAGCUGCCAGUUCGCUUCCCGUCAGCAUCCCACGCCAUCAUGGCGGAAGUGUUUUCGGCGGCGAUUUUGAGGAGGAAGACGAAGAAGAUAUGGAGGAAGGUGAAAUGGUGCCGCCGCACGUGAUAUUGGGGAGGAGAAUUGCCGGGAAAGUGGCGUUUUCCGUUUGCACCGGCAAUGGAAGGACGCUUAAAGGGAGGGAUUUGAGUCGAGUUCGGAAUUCUAUUCUUAGAAUGACUGGAUUUUUGGAAGCAUGAAAACCAUAAUCAAAUAAUUUGUCCAUUUCCUUUCUA